AUGACGCUGCCUGCUCGGGGCUUCCAAGGAGCCAGAGAGAGAGGACGGAGCCUGCUAGUGGUGGUCUGUGGACUGAGAGGGGUUCCCCGAGGGUCCCAGGACAGAGCAGUGCUCACCUUGCUGCUCUGCCUCGCCCUGCCUCUCCUGACGGGGCUGUCUGCUUGCACUGUGGCAGGUGACAAGGAACUAGCACUUGACGCUGAAGCUGGGUCCUGGGGGACCGUGACCCUGGAGGUAGAUGUUGUGCCCAGCAUUCAGCUCCAGCUCUGGGAAGUGAAGAGGGGCAAAGCGAACCAGUUCUUUGGACUGAUGGGGAAGCAGGUGGGAGGAAUACCUCCCAUCCAGCCAGAGAGAAGAGGGUAUCAGCGAGGACCAGUAGUCCAGGGCCACCUGGGCAGGGGAGGACCAUCUACAGAAGGCCGAGAGGAUGAGGACCACUGGUCAGAGUGA